AUGCACGAGGAUUCGAGAUGUCCAGGUUUUUGCGGUCGAAACCCCAGCGAUCCGACGAAUGGAAGCGUUUGUCAGGCUUGCCCUUGGGGUUGGCGUGUGCCGCCGCUCACUCACCUCCACCCUUCAACCCUUUCCGAUCCUCGUGCAUCGAUUUGUGAGCCUUGUCUUUCCCCUCUACCCGCUUAUGACUGGUUGUACCUGCUUUUCGUCGCCAUUUUGCCGAUUUUGAUCAACUGUUUCUUCGUUCACUACUACAGUUCGAAAAGGAUGAGCUUGAGUCGCAACGAGGUGCUUGAGCUUGGGUGUUGCAUUGUUGAGGGUGUGCUGGCUGCAGUCGCCUCUCUGCUCGUCAUGCCGCCUCGGUGGUCGCUGAAUUUAUACGGUUGUCACAAGACGCUGAUCGAGGAGUGGUACCCGGCGCUGCACAAUCCGCAAACUUUCGGCCGAACUCUUCCCUGCACCUAUGAGCUCGUUUUUCCGUUAUACUCGCUUCCGUUCGUCUAUUUGCUUUUCUGUUUGAUGAAUUUGUUGAUUUGUCGCUCGAUUCUCUACAUGACAAUUCGGAAAAGAGAUCGCUCGAGACACGCAUAUUAUGCUGCAUUGUACGCGAUUCCAAUAUUGGCGUUAGGAUUGGCGCUAAUGGCCGGUUUCCUUUACUACAUGUUCGCUUUCGUGUUAAUGCUAUGGAGUGUAGCGGCAAAUGCAGUACAUUUGUCACUUGAGGGGAAUAAAUCGAUGCGAUCGAUGAUUGACGCAUUGGCCACAUCAGGCAAUCAUCUAACACUGCUUAUCGUCAACAUGGCGCUGUUGGCGUUCUCGAUUGUGACGCUCGCUGUGGAGAGAGACGAUGGCUGGUCACUCCUAUUGGUCACAAUGGUGCCAGUGCCGGCGGCGUUUUUCCUCUUGACCAGCGGCCUCUCGCAUCCAUCAACGAUCAGCUCAACC